AUGGCCACGCCUUGGGACGUGGAAAAGCAGGGCCGCUGCUGGGCUUGGGUUGUGUACUUCUUGGUUGGCGGUGCUUUUCUUGCAGGAGUAGGUUAUCUUUUGACUGAGGAGCUUGUCGUGGAGGCUGCAGUGCACGAGGCUCUAAAGGAGGAGAUAUCGCCGUGCACAGCUCCGCUGGUCGCGCUGGUCCCUUCAAAGGUCAACGCGCGCGUCUCCCUUGCCCCGUCCCCCCCGGGAUGUCUCCCUCAAGGCGAGCGAGUGGCCGCGCAGCGACCAGGGCCGGGACGAGACCUCGAGGGAGGGACACCGCCCUCCCGAGGAACGGCCCGUAAACUGGUCAUCGACAUGCGAGCAGCGAAUGGAACGAGCUACGAAGCGAUUGUGGUAUUCACAGUCGUUUCCCAUUUUACACCGGCCCGCGAGGACCCCCUCGCGUCUCCAGAAGAGCAGGUCGAGGCGAUCCGCGGGUUGGAGAUGGGCACUCGUCAUCUGUACCCCCGCGCCGGUCACAAACCCUGGCCAGAGCAGGCCGUUCGAGGAGCCGAAGACGCGGAGAAGGACGUCCGACACUGCUGUCCCCCCUCGACGUUACCAGAAGCAGCAGCCACAAUCAGGUUCUUCCAGUGCGCGCGCCGCUCCCAAACCCCCGUCCCCAAAGGCGUCCGUUACGGGGAGCGGCCGCCUCGGACAGCAGUCGGACCUAAAUUGCGCGCAGCACGAGUGCUCGCAAGGCAAGCAGCGGCCGCCGAGCGACACGUGUCUUUGAAGACAAUAGGUACAGGAAAGUCCAAGCCUCAUAGAUGA